GUUCAAACCAGUAUCACUAGCAGACCAGGGUCUGUUGAGAUCUUUGGAACCUGCGUAUAACUGUAAUUGCCAUCUUGAUCGCCUGGCGAAGUGGCGCUCAUUUCCACUAGUGGGUCGUGUUCCACUCAAUAAGAGCUCAGAUCAAUCUAUUGCAUGCGCUGAUGCUUUUUCUUCCCCUCUAUCAGUCACGUCUCACUUCAAUGCGAUGAAUGAGCCACCGUGCACAUGGUAGCAAACGGCCGUUCCACGAACAGCGGGUGGCUGCAAGAGGGAGUGAUUCGGGGAAGCAUGCUGGGCAAGACGAUGCUCCCCACCGACGAAGAGCUAGGCAAGAAAGACGACGACCACCGAUACAAGCCAGCGCGGCAUCCCAGCUCGUCGACGUCGAGCCCCCCAUUUCGCUGGCGAAGACGCCGGGUGUACUUGGUGGUGUUGGGCUUCCUCGCCCUCUCGCUGGUCCUGCACAUCUUCCGCUCACCCAGACCACCACCCCCAAAAUACGCCGAAACAGCGUUUGAAAGCGACAGAGAGCCUACGGGACCGCCCCCAGGCACGCGGAUAAGCAGAGAUGGGGUGAUACCACACACGUAUGACGGCCAAAUCAGGUUCUUCCGCCUCGCCAAAUCGCUGCGCGCCACUACAUCGCUCACCAAUGGCUAUCAGUCCACGAACCGGAAUGUCGUAUUUGCCAUAUCUAGCCUGAAGAGCGCAGGCAACCUUCUCCCGAUGAUAUGCGACAUGACAACGUGGAACAGGAAUUGGGUACACGCUGUAUUUGUGGGGAGGGAAGAUAUACCGUUGGAUACCUUGCUGGAAAUCAACGGCGUGGACAAGACAAAGUGUCCGGCGUUUUGGCACGAUGCGCGGCCUGACUAUGCCGAGUACAGCACGGAUGCGCGAGCGGAAUUGAUUGUAAUGGCUGCGCUAUCGCAUAUUCAUGAAUUCCUGCGACCGCAGGUGGUUAUCACGGAUGAUGCGAGAUUGGAGGAUACGUUUUUCGUCAAAGCAUCAAGGGUCAAGACGGAGACGCUUGAGAUUCCCCUAAUCGAGAUACCGCAGAAUAGGUGGGAGGACUUCGCGUGGAUGACGAGGCUCGAUGUAGGAUCACUGAGUAGUUGGUUUCUCCCCACGGUCGAUCUUCUGAUACAGGUUCCACCCGAUUCGGCGAGCGUGUUGCGACUGCUCAAGUCUAUCAAGGAGGCUGAUUACAAGGGUCUGAAGCCGCCGCGUAUCACUCUGGAGCUUCCUGCAGAUAUGGAUAUAGCCCUCAAGCAGCGUCUGGAGACAUUCGAUUGGCCUCCAGACAACAACCCCUCCAACAAUAUCGUCCUCAGACGCCGCAUCGCCAACCACGGUGUGACACAGGAGGAAUCCGCUAUCCGCUUCCUGGAGCUCUUCUACCCUACUGACAGCAAUUCGCACGUUCUAUUGCUGUCACCCCAGGCGCAACUCUCUCCGCAGUAUUUCCACUACCUCACCUACACGCUGCUGGAGUACAAAUACUCCUCGUUCGGCGGAGUUGACAACGCCAACCUAAUGGGGUUGAGUCUCGAACUCCCCUCUGCCCUCCUCGACGGCAAGACGGAGCUCAUCCCACCCACAACAAAGAACAUGCACAACGAGCGGUACAAGAAACUGCGCCCUGACACUCCAAGUGUGCCAUUCCUAUGGCAAGCGCCCAACAGCCACGCCACGCUUUUCCACGGCGACAAGUGGGCAGAACUGCACUCCUUCCUCCGGCACCGCGUCGCCAAACACCAUCAAUCCUCUAAACCAGCCGCGAGACAAAAACUCGUAUCAGAGACGCUGCCCAGCUGGACAGAGUACAUGCUCGAAUUCAUGCGCGCCCGCGGCUACGCACUGCUCUACCCCGCCACAACGUCCGCCGACGCACUCGUCACAAUCCACAACGAACUGUACCACGCGCCGGAAGAAUACGCCCCCGCGUCUCGCGCGAAGACAGAGAAAGCGGAUGACGCGCCCGCAGAUGUUCCGAACGAGGCGUUCCUCCGCGCCCCCUCGUCGCCGCGCGCCCCAGUCAAUGCUGAGCGCCCGCUCUCCCCUGCCUCGCGGCCCCUACACCAACUUCUCCCCUUCAACGGCGAUCUGCCUGAGGUGGCUCAUCUACCGCGCCUCCUGCACGACGGGACGAGGGUCAGUGCGAGUAAAAUGGGUAGGGUGGCGGUGACAUAUGCGGAUGAGUUCCGCGUGGAAGUCGGUGGAUGUGCGGUGUACAAGGAUAAGAAGAGGAAGGUGGUUAGUGGGGAGGCGGGGGAUUUGUUCUGCUAUGGGGAUGAGGAUGAGGGGGAUUGGGUUGAGGCUGUGGUGGUUGAUGAGGGGUUUUUGGGGGUUUGUAUGUUUGGUAGAUGGGUGGUGGGGGUUUUGUUGUGGAUAUGUUUGGAUAUAUAA